AUGGAGAUGAAGAGUCCCUCACCCUGUCCAAACACGGUGACCGUCCGCCGAAACCCUCUCCGGAGGGCUAGGGCUACACCUUCCUCAGCCGUUCCUCUUCCAAUUUCCCUUGCUUCAUCAUCCCCUUCUGUCCCAUCAGACAUUCCUGCUUUUCCGAGUCAUGAUAUUCUCUCUAUUGAUCUUCCUCAAAACCCUAAACCCGAUCUGGCGACUCUACCACCAUCGCCCAAGAAAGAUUCCCUUUCUGAGAAUCUGAAGGUUUACCUCAGAAUUCGACCCCUCAUUACGCAUCACGAAUCCAGGAAAAAUGCCAAAAAUGGAGACCAAACAUCAAAAUUCAAAAAUGCUUGGCCUAAAAACCCUAGAUCGAAGAACAUUUCAAAAGCCAAGGUAAAGAAAAACAGUGAAAUUUGUUUUACAGUUAAUGACUCGCAUUCCGUGACGCUUUGCCCACCCCUGGCUAUGCAAGAUGUUAAACGAAUCAAAUCCGAGGUCUACGAGGGGUUUUCGCAUGUCUUUUCCACUGAUUCGUCCCAGAAUGAAGUGUAUGAAAAAAUGGUGAAUCCUAUGGUUGAAGAUUUUCUGAGGGGCAAGAGUGGAAUGUUGGCUGCUCUGGGGCCAAGCGGCUCAGGAAAGACGCAUACUAUGUUUGGGAGUCCUAGGGAGCCUGGUAUUGUACCUCUCGCUCUUUGUCGAAUCUUCUCACAGACUGAAGGCAGUGGAACUCAGUCGUCAAGGACAUUUUAUCUAUCCAUGUUUGAAAUAUAUUCGGAAAAAGGAAAAUCCGAAAGGAUGCUUGAUUUAUCCCAAGAAGGAGGUGACUUAUUCAUGCAGAACUCAACCAUCAGAGGCCUCCAUGAGACCAUUAUUAAUGAUUGUCAACAAGCCCAAUCUUUGAUUGCGCUGGGUAUGAUCAAACGGGCAACAGCCAUGACCGAUUCGAACAAUCAAUCUAGCCGUUCACAAUGCAUCAUUAAUAUCCGUAGUGGUUCCAAAAAGGUUGAUGGAGAAGUUGAUGGCCAGUUAAACAUUGCUUCAUUGACUAUUGUCGACUUAGCUGGAGCAGAAAGAGAAAAAAGGACAGGGAAUCAGGGGGCUAGAUUGCUUGAAAGUAACUUCAUCAACAAUACAUCAAUGGUUUUUGGUCUGUGUUUAAGGUCAUUGUUGGAGCACCAGAAGAACCCCAAGAAGCCAUUUCAGAAGCACUUCCAAAGCUCCUUGAUUUUAACUGUAAAAUCAGGAGAAGAUGACUAUCUUGAUGCAUCCUUUCUGCUUAGACAGGCGGCACCCUAUAUGAAAAUCAAAUUUAAUAGUACUGAAGAGCAGUCUAAUUCAAUUUACAACAAGAGGCAUAUUCAAACAUUUCCUAGAAUAGAGCAGCUUAAAAGAAUGAAAUUCAGCGGCCUUGAAGCUUGUGUGGUUGGUGAAGGAAAGGUUAUGGAGGGUACCAACUUCACAAAGAAGGUUGUUGAAAAGAUCCCUCGGGAGGAGGUUAAACCUAAGAAAGUUAUGGUUCCAUAUCGAAAAAUUAUUCAUCUAGAAGCAGAUGAUGGUGUGCCUCUCAAGGAAGACUGCACUGAAUUUGAUAGCGAAAGAAAGAAUAAGAUCAUGCAAGAUUUUUCUAAAGCUUUGUGGAAUGUCUUGAAGGAAUACAAGAAAAACCUCGAGGUGGCUGAAAUUGAAAUUCACAAUCUUAGAGAGAGCCUAACUAAUGAAAAAGCACGGAGUUUUGAGCUGGAAAAUGAGCUGAAGGAUUUCAAGUUAGGCUGUUCAUGUUGGAAAGAAGCUUCAGCCGCGGUGUCCGUAAUUGAAGCAGUUGGAUUUGUAGAAAACAUAUCUCCAGAAUCAAAAGGAUAUCAAUCUUAUGAUGUCCAGCAGGUUAAUAGAGAAGCAUCUUCUUUAAACUUGAAAGAAUCCGAACAGAUUGACAAUGACACAGUAUAUGAUACCAAUGUGAGAGGUAUUGAUGUGGCUAUUGCAGCAAGUGUUGGUGUUGAAAGCCUUGAAGACCAGUGCUGUCAGACAUGUGAGAACUCUAUAAAAAAUGCUGACGAUGGUGAAGAUUUCUGUGAACACUCUAAUGGAAAUUUUGAGGAUGAUGAAGAUUUAAAGGACCUUAAAGAGGUGGACAGAACUAAUACUCAAUGUGAUACCGAGGCAACAGAUUUAAAACUGAAAGGAUUUGAGGAAAUUGACAAUGAGCAAUCAUCUGAUGGCAUUGUGAGAAGUUCUGGUGUGGUUACUGCUCCAUGUGUUGGUGCUGAAAACUAUGUAGAGCGAUGUUGUCAGAAUUACAGGAGCUCUACUGAAAAUUUUGAUGGUGGUGAAGACUCAAUAGACUUGGAAGAUAUGCGACAAGAGGAUUCAUGUUCAAUUGACAAAAGAAUAGGUUCAGGGCAUUUAGACUCCAUGGUCAGCUCUUCUCAUCUGCAUAUCAUACUAAGUGAUGACACCUCUUCCUCACUGCAAAAUGAAGAGAGCAAGAAAUGCUUGGAUCCACCAAUAAUCUUUAAGGACGAUGUAGCAUGUGCCUAUGUCUGUGAUGUGGAAGAACUUGAAAAAGAACCUCUUCCAUGCUGCAAACCUAUAAAUGCAGAGAAACCGAAAAGGAGACUCCUACCAGCCUCAUCCAUUUUAUUAAGGGACAUCAGUGGUUUGGACUUUGAGGAUGAUAAUGAUAAGUCAAAGGUAAGUAGACUAAAAAAGAAAUUGGCUGCUGAUGAGACAAAAAGAACUCAGGGUAGUAUAUCUCUUCUUCGUUUGCUUAAGCAAUCUUCUUCAUCUGUAGUCAAGUUGCUUUGACGACUCUAAAUUCGUUUGUAUGGUUGGUGCAUUGUCAAUUUUGGGCUAAUUUAGUACGUAAUUGUAUAUACCUUCGUAGCAAAGGCAGAUGUGAUUCAAUAUUUCUGGAAGGGUGGUUGUAUAUUCUGAUAGUAACAACUUGGACUACUGUUUGAAUGCUUUCAGAAAAUGAAUGUGUUACCAG